ACUCGCACCGAGCGGCUGAAGACCCUCCCACAGGCUGGGCAGGGGCAAGAGGAGGCAGUCUGCUCCGCUCACAGAGUCGGACAAGCCCCCCCCCCCCCCCCCCUCACCACCACUCUGUCAGUGUGGAGAAGAAGAAGGGAUAGAGGCUGAGAGGUUGAAAGACAGAGAAAGCGUACGCGUGAGAGGCAGGCUGCUUACAGGGCGGAGGAGGAACAAGGAGCACGUUCAGCAGGAGCAGAAAGGAGGAGGACAACAAGACGGGACUUCACCUCCACGGACACCUGGGAAGCAGUCACUGUCCCUUUUUUUUUUCUCCUCCUCUCGCUUCCGGAGCGCGUUGGAUUGACUAACGAUCAGUGGAUUUUUUAAAUGCCACAUCCUUGAGAAGCUGGGAUAAUUGCUGCGCUCCCCAUCUCCUUCCACGCUGCGGAGCGACCUCCUGCCUUGUGAUUCCCCUCCUCGCACAAAGCGCAUCUGUUGGGAAAGCGGCGCUGAGGAUAUCUCCCCUUCUGUCUGACAGGACGGCACGCAGGCAUCGCCAAAUCAGACGAGAGGGAAAGAGCGGCAAAGGGAGAAGGGCAGUGAGAGAGUCCGACUGGAGUGAAACGGCUGAAACCGAGAAGUCGCCCUAUACAUCCUCUCCCAUUUUCCUCGCCAUUCCUCUCCUCCUCCUCUAUUCUUCCUCUUUUUCUCUCCCGGUUUCUCACCGUUUCUUAGAUUGGCAGAGUUCCUGCCACCUGGAGUGCUGGGCUCUUCCCUCUUCCUCCUUCUACCUCACUCUAACUCUCCCCUGGAAAACAUUGGGCUUCUUUGGAAAGAUUUCUUGCGAUCGAGCAGCGAGUGACUGAGAGGGCAUCUGCCUGGCUUCAAGUGUCCGGACCGGCGCCGCGUAGUUUGUGGGAGCGUUCCCUGUCAGAGGCAGACCCGGUCUGUCCGGCUGAAAGAGCCCGUCUUCUCCCCCGGGGAUCGGCUUGCGACAGAACGCUGCAGACGAGGUUGGGAUUGCACAGCCCCUCUGUCGCCUCGGUCACGUUGCUAGCUACUUGGCAACUCCCGCCCCUGUGUCACCGUUCCCUGCCCCAGUGCUAAGGAUUCCAGCUACAUGGGCAAGCGUUUGGAGCAGCAGCCAAUGUACCCUCAGUACACCUACUACUACCCCCACUAUCUCCAAACCAAGCAGCCCUAUGCUCCACCCCCUCAUCCCAUGGCUCCUCCCAGCCCCAGCACCAACAGCUGCAGCCAGGGAGGCGCGGAGCAGCUAAGUAAGACCAACCUCUACAUUCGCGGGCUGCCGCCCGGGACCACCGACCAGGACCUCAUCAAGCUUUGCCAACCAUAUGGAAAAAUAGUGUCAACUAAGGCUAUUCUGGAUAAGAACACUAACCAGUGCAAAGGCUAUGGCUUUGUGGAUUUUGACAGCCCCGCCGCAGCCCAGAAGGCCGUGUCGUCUCUGAAGGCCACUGGAGUCCAGGCCCAAAUGGCCAAGCAACAAGAGCAGGACCCCACCAACCUGUACAUCUCCAAUCUGCCAGUGUCCAUGGAUGAGCAGGAGCUGGAAAACAUGCUCAAACCCCUGGGACACGUUAUCUCCACAAGGAUACUGAGGGAUGCCAAUGGAGUCAGCAGAGGAGUGGGCUUUGCCAGGAUGGAGUCUACAGAGAAGUGUGAAGUUGUGAUACAACAUUUCAAUGGAAAAUACCUGAAAACCCCACCAGGCAUUCCAGCCCCCACGGAGCCUUUGCUGUGCAAAUUUGCUGAUGGAGGGCAGAAGAAACGCCAAAGCCAGAGCAAGUACCCCCAGAAUGGGAGACCGUGGCACAGAGAAGGCGAGACUGGCAUGGCGUUAACAUACGAUCCUGCUGCGAUGCAGAAUGGUUUCUACUCUUCGCCUUACAGUCUCGCCACCAACCGCAUGAUAGCACAGACGUCCAUCACGCCCUUCAUCGCUGCUUCCCCCGUCUCCACAUAUCAGGUCCAGAGUACGUCAUGGAUGCCUCAUCAACAGUAUGUUAUGCAACCAACAGGUGCAGUGAUCACGCCAGCAAUGGACCCCUCCAUGUCCAUGCAGCCUGCCAGCAUGAUGGGCCCUCUCACCCAGCAGAUGAACCAUCUAUCCCUGGGCACCACAGGAAGCUACAUGACCGCUGCAGCCGCUGCAGCACCUAUGCAAGGGACCUACAUUCCCCAGUACACUCCUGUGCCUCCGACAGCCGUCCCGGUGGAAGGAGUGGUGACAGACACCUCGCCUCAGACCGUGGCCCCUUCGUCACAGGAGCUGGGGGGCCAGCAGCAACAGAUCCAGGUGGACGGGGCUGCCGAUCACGUUCCUGCUUACUCAUACCAGUCCAAAUAGCGACGGCCGGAGCGAGGGUUCCUGUGACAGCGUUGCCUUGACACAGAAGGUGGCUGCACUGUGAAUGUGAGGGGAAAAAGAAAGAGAUUGCUUCCAGAUUGCCCAGGCACCAAAAAACACAAAAACCACAUAAAAAAGACACUUUUUUUCAUUUCCCACCUGGCCCACAAGAAGAAGAAGAAAAAGGAGGUGCAGUCCUGACGGACGGAGGGGGAUGAGGGGAACUUGUUGGGCUCGGUGCAAAGACGUCUGGGAACCUGGCUAAAGGGCUGGGCUGAAGCUUGAAAAGUUUCUCAAAGAAAAAUUCUCAUCCGAUUAAAAGAAAAGACAAAAAACAAAACAAAAAAAAACAGCAAAAAUCCGAGAAAAAAGGUGGUUGCGGAGGUAGAUGAUGAAGUUUAUUUUUUAAUUAGAAAAAGGGGAGUCAAGUUUGAGAUACACAGAGAUUGUCUUCCUCAGAUAUUAAGCUACAGUUUCUUUACAGUCUUUUUUUAUGUUCUAGUGUUCAAACUUAGUUUUCUAGAUGUAUUCAAAAAAAAAAGUUCCUUUUCUUUUCUUGAAUCUUCAUGGCCUUAAUUUUGAAGGGCGGCAGAAACUUUUACUUUGAAAAGUCUGACGUCUCGUUGUGUGUGUGGGGGGGUCGUUGGGAAAGCAAACCGUCUCUUGGAGCGUUCGGAUCCAAGAUUUUGAAUGAGUUGCUCUAAAGAGGAAAAACAGAAUCUAUCACAUAAGCUGUACAGAUUUAAUAGAGAUAAAAACUUGUUUUCCUUUUCUUCAUUAGAAGAAAACUUUGAUAAAUAUUAUGUCAGAGGUAACUAAAUGUCAGAAGUAAAAAAAAAAAAUGUCUGUUGUGGGAAAAAAAAGACUUAAGUGGGGUGGGAGGGGCUAAAGCAUUGAAGAGAUUUUUCACAAAGAGGAAAAAAAAUCCGCAGACGAACUGUGGAUGCAGUCUUCUUCUUCUUUUUUUUUUUUUUUUAUUAUCGUUAUUAUUUGACUUGGCAAAGUUGCUGUCGAGGACAUUAGUGCUUUUUAUCUGCCACCUUUUUUAAUGAGCUUUUUAGUCCGCUUUGCUCGUCACACCGCAAAAGAAAGAAAACGACAAAAAAAAAGACAUAAAAAGGAAAAAAUUGACACAAAAAUCCUGGCAGUGAAAUAAAAAAUUAAAAAAAAACAGUAGUUUCUGUAGGAGCUUAUGGUUUCAACCAAUCAGUGCAAAAGCAAUAGAAGAAAUUGUUGACAAUUUCUGUAGUUGUGGAUCAAAUGCAGCCCACAGACGGCCAUUUUUAUACCAAAGAUGAAGAGACACUCUGAACCAGUUUUUAUUUUUCUUUUCAUUUUCCUGUGAUGUUGUUGUGGAUGUCGUUGUUGAUGUCGUUGUUGCCGUUGUUUUUUUUUUUUGGACCUCGUUGGCCGGACCACUCCCUCUCCUCCUUUUUUCAUGCGCAUAAAAACACGCCGCAGUUCAAACUGGUGCCACUUUUAGGACAGUAUUUUAGCACUACUUCCUCUGGACCUCAUCCUUGUCUCCUUCUGUUCGUCUCGUCUGUGAUGCUUCCACGCUUCCUGCAGGAACUCCGCCUCUAUUUAAAAAAUCACGCAGGGAAAAAACCUUUAGGAAUCAGACACAGGAAUGUCGCAUGAUCCGCUCCGGCGUCCAACACUCAUCAUGUCACGCCUCUCUGAGAUUUCUGUCUCGGUUUUCUGACGGUUUUCUCAGAAAGAGAAUGUUUUUUUUUGUUAUUUUUGGUGUUUUCUCUGAUCCCCGCAACAUUUGCCGCUUAAAGUCCCACUCCGAUCAUCUUCUGCUCUAUUUUCUGAAUCAGUCUUUUACUGAUGAUGAUGUUGUUUUUAGCCAAAAUCCAAAGGAGUUUAUUAGAAAUAUACCUCUGAGAUGUGUGCGGGACUGUUAGUGCGGAGUAAGCCCGUCCCCCCUUCCCAUCUUCCAUCUGUUUACGAGCUCUCUUGCUAGCCAAACGUUAGCAGUGCAACAAAAAUGGCGAGCAAAACAAAGACAUAGAUCUAUUUGUCUGCAAGCAGGAUGCAUCAGCAAGGGGCGGAGCAGGGAGCUUGUGGCUCCGCCCAUCAUAUUUUUUACAUCACAAAUUGAUGCUUUUUUUCAUCUGCUCCUGAUUUACAACAAUUUGAAGGAAAGAAAAUACUCGAACGCAAUUUUAACCUUAACCCUAUUAUCAUCAGAAAAAUGCCACAAGAAAAACGUCACCAUUUUCAUCGGAGUGGGUCUUUAAAGAAAUGCAAACAAUUACAUUUGCAAUGAUUGCAUAAACUUUACGGCGCCUCAUAGCUUCCUGAUAAUGCAUCCAUGAGCCCAGAAACAUGUAUGAAAACAGAAUUUAAUCAUCCUAAGAACUUUGCUGCACAAUUGUGUCUUCAGAUUCAUUUCUGAUGCUUUGUUCGCAACAAAAAGAAAUUCUUUCAAUUAUUCAAUUUGACACAAAAAGCAGCAGCUUCUCCUUUAGGAGGAACGUUUUUGUUUAAGGAGGUAAAAAUUCUCAACUUUGCUUUUUACUGACUUUUAUUUUAAGCUCAAGUGAAUCACCACGAACAAAACUUUUCACACUUUAGCUCACUUUUAUCGGAGUACAAAGAGCACAAGUUGUUCGAGACCAAACCACAUGGAUCCCAGUGAUCAUGUUGGGCUUUUUUUCUGUCACAUUUUUUUUUCUGCCUAAAGUUUGACUCUUGGAAUCCAACAGAUGGUUUUUUAAUCAGAGCCAUGUGGGAAAGGCGGAUCCCUCGUCGCAUCCUUGAAGCUCCCUGAUGGAAAUGUGACACGUAAAGCUGACGGCUCUAUUUUCCUAAGGAACGCCCGAUGACGGCCCCAUUUCUGUUCCUCUAAUCUAGAACGCUCAGCUGGUAUCUCUGCUUCCAGCGAUCCGAUAAAGAAAACACUAUUUUCUUCAAACCUCCCGGACCGAUAACCUCUUGACUUUGGCCGCUGUGAUGUUGACGGCAGCCGUCGGAAGCUGAUUGUUAAGCUCACAAAGUGGGCACCUGGAAACCAGGCAGCUUCUCCGCUCAGCACCUUCUCUGCAGAGUGAGAUGACAUCACUUCCUGCCAUCACCGUGACACUAACAAGGCAUCGCAGGGGCGUGUUUAAAGCCAAAAAGAGAGCCAUCGUCCCUAACACCUCCCUGAUUGUUUGCCUUGUAAAAGUUCAGUGCACCUGUGGGAGCUAAGUGGGCUCCUCAGCAGCCAUAAUAAGACGUUGAUGGCAGUCAACGUGUCACUUACACCCCUCAUUAUCUCAGCAGGCUUGCACAAACAACCUGGUCUCCUCUGAUCUCGGCCUUUUUUCUCUGUGACUUGGCAUCUGAGGACCGUCCCUAAGGAAAGUGCCUGCAGCCUCUUCAGCCGCUCGCUCUGCUCCAAAAACACCAUUAGUGUGCUGUACCUCAGCCGUGCUCCUUUCGCUGCCCCCCCCCCUUGCCCCCUCCCUCCGAGGUUUCUCCUCUUCAUUGGAUGCUGGAGAUGCAGAACCACAAACCAAUUGAAGUCUGUCUGGUAAUGAGGCUUGACGGGCCCAAUUUGUCUCCCUCUGGGGCAGCGGGAUCCACUCCGGUGUCGCUCAAAAGCCCCCUUUCUCCUGAACUGAGGGAGUUCUCUGUUUGCUGACAACUGCAAGUGAGCGGUGUGGUGGUGGGGGGCACAAAAUAGUCAAACAUUGAGUGCCUUUUAACAAAAGCUUUUAAAAGAUUCCACGGUAACCUUCUGUCCCUGAAAAAAGCACAUGGAGCCUUUCAUGAGCACGAGAUCGGAUAACCCGGAGAAAUCCGCUGUUUGGAAAUGGGAUCAUCAGAAGGUCCAUGUUUAAUGCCCUUUCACCUGAACAGGCGCUGUGGGGUUUGGGGUGGUCCGGGCCCGUGGAGCGGCCACAUCUGUAGAGGAGUGCCGGUGUGUCUAAUGUCACAAACACACCAGGCAUGUGAAGCUUUUAGCAAACGGUUUGGUUCGGCAUCCACAGAAAAAAAAACCUUUAAAAAACUUUUUCGGACAACCCUACGCCUCCAAAUGCCUCAACAAUUAAAGGGGUAGGAAGAAGCAGUAGGGGUAGGGGAAGAAUUCGCAUUUGGCCUUGGUGUCAUAGAAUUUCGAACGGAAAACAAACCACAAUUAUUUAUUUCUCCUUUUCGAUCAGUUUUUAAAUGAUUGGUACUUCUGUGUUUUGAAAGGACACUAAGCAGACGUCACUACCAAAUCCGAGUCCCUGAUUGGUCAAAGUUCAACUGGUUUAACUUUUAAUGCACGUUCAAUAGCUGGGCGUACAUUCGUAGAGAACGCAAGAGACAUAGACGUUUCCUUGAAUGUGGUCGUUUGAACGCGCGUUUGCCGAGGCCGGUUUGAAUGUAACUCAGUUCCUUUGAGGUUCAUACGGCCACCUUAAGGGACAUCAUGGAAAUGGAACGUACCAUUGUCGUGUAUAGUCAAACAUUGUGUAUCAUGAAGUAUUGGUGAGAAUAGUGACAGUUACGCGCAGCUACGACGUUCGGGUACCCCUGUCGUACGGCGUCCACGUGUAUGCACAGGGUGUGCACAUGAGACGCAAACAUAUCGCACAAAAACUACCCUCUGAUUGUUUAACUUCCUCCUUUCUAACAGUCAGGCUCCAUGUAAAGUUGUAUAAGUGUUCACUCCAACCUGUUGCCUGCUGCGAACUACUGCAGCAUCUUCAGGUUCAUUGAGGGGUCUACGAUCUUCAAAUUUCCUGUGGGCUGUUGGGCGAAGGUUUUGGCUCUUUAUGUGAUAGAUUUCAGAAACCUACUCACAUGAUGUUAGACGAUCAGAUCUUCUGCCGGUGUGUUGCAGGCAGGCGUACCACCCGUCGUAGCAAAUGUGGCGACCAAUUCGUCCGCAGGGAACCACGACCGCGCAGACAUGAAACUCCAAAAUAAAUCUGCAAAAUAUCAGCUGUUGAAGGAGAAACAUCUUAACCCAACGUGUCAUUGUGUGAUAUCAGCUAAAGGACAUUGGAAUGUUCUGUCUAUACAAUGGGAUGUUCGAUGUGCACGUAUCCGUUCUUUUAGAGAAGCUUCAAAACGUCCUGAUGUCAAUUUUACGGAGUAAAUCUGCUCACUGCUGCUAAAAAGUCUUUCCACUGAUUUCUUUGCAGAAACUAUUUGUCUCUGAAUUUCUUCAGUUCAAUUGAUGACAAACAGAAAGACGUGAAUGAAGCUACUUUACCUGCUGAAGAGUCUGUCUUCCAUCGACUCCUAAAGGUCAGAGGUCGCGUCUACCGUCACUCCAGACCAUCUAAAGACCAUCCAGCUCUCCUUCUUGAAUUGAAUCUGCCUGCCAAUAGCGUCUGCUGUGUCUCCUCUCAAAGCUUUCAUCUGCCGGCGAACCGGCCUUUUGGCGACUGUGGUCUUCUUUCUGGACGUUUCUCUGGAAGUCUAAUGGGAGACCAGAGCUGCUACACCCAGACUGAACACGUUUUUGGUCGUCUGUCUGCAUUAUUGAAUUACUGAGAAGAUCUUUUUUUUUGUAAAAACUUAGUUUUUGAGACUUUCUGCUGCUGUUUCAGAGCAGAACAUCCAACACGUGGCCAAAAACUCAGUCAAAAGGAUGUUACGGUACAGAGUGAUUGGAGGAAAAGCUGCACAACCAACAACAUCCGCUCUGCCUUGUUACUUUUCAGUAAAGAGAGACAUUGGGGCGGAUGUUUGUGAUGGAUGUUUUACACCAAUUGGUACCCGACAAGCAGAAAUGGCUUUUUCCUAAUAGCACAACGGCAUGAUGUACUUUGUAGGUAUAAAAAUGCCUCUUGGAAUUCUGCAGACGGCACGUCUGCAAUCCUAAGGAAGCGGAGGCAGAAAUCAGUCGGCGCCUGCGUCAGCACAAAGCAGGAGUCGGCUUUACCGGGAGAGGAAGGGCAGGAGAGGAGGAGGAGGAGGAGAGGCCGGUCAUUAGCGCUUGUUGCUGGGCAAACGCCGUCCUCGUCUGCAGUUCGUACGCCGACAUCUUCUCGAUACAGAAUUGAAGAUGGCGACAAGUGUGAUCCAUCACGAUCCAGGCCGCCGUUCUUCUUCUCACUUGCUGCUGUCGCAGCCGCAGUCCGUCAGGUUUGAGCGCAGCUGCUGGUCGCGGCUCGCCACGUCCUGGGCGCCAUCGAUCUCAUCCGUCCCUCCUUUAGCAUCUGUACCUCUGAAUCUGCUUUGAUGAGCUGGUGACACUUUCUUACCCUGCCUCCAACCAAAUCACCUGACAGGUGAGGGGAAUCCUGAUCUAGUUUAGAUCGGUUUGAAGGAGAAGGCAGAAGGUUUCAGGGCUGAAUGGCGUCCUGUUGCAGUAAAGUUUAUGCAAUCAUACUUUAAGACCUCAAUUUGCUUGAAGUUCCACUCCGAUCAAUUUUUGAUCUGUUUUCAAAGCGUUCCCAUUAGGAUUAUCCCGUUUCUUCUUUUUUUUUGUCAUUUUCUAGUUUCUGCAGAGCAGCAGGAGUUCAUUAAAAAUCGGAGUUGUGGCUCUAAUAGAAUCUUUUUCCAACAGCAUUUUUUGUCCACUCCUAAAUCCCACUGAUUGAUUUUUGAUGUCUUCUAUCAUCAGAAAAAUGUCACGAGAACACCAUUUUCAUCGGAGUGGGUCUUUAAAAAAAAAGGAUUUGAUCUUCAAUUUGAUGCACCAAAACAGGCGAAAAGGAUUCAUUUCUACUUUCGUUCAGUUUUUCAUUCAUCUCCAGACUUCCAUCCAUCCGUCUUUCUCUUAAGGCAAGGUGCUUUUUUUCCACUGCCUGUCAGUAAAAAAAUAAAAAAUCCGUCCUUCCGCCUCCAUUUUUCCAGAACCACUGCCACCUCAGUGUCAAAACCGCGCUGAUCCGGCGCAGUCCAUGUCAUCCUGGAUAGCUGUGAGGAUCUUUCCGGUUCCUCCUCUGAAUGGACUCAGAACCAUUCCACACUGAUUGUCGUUUGUUUGCAAACCAGUUGUUCAGAGUUACUCUUGCAGAAUGUCUCCCACUGCAGAGGGUGGGGGGGUGGGGUGGGGGCUGUGGCUCAAUAACUCAUCGCACUUUCCAACGCUCACGCAGAACGCAGCGGGGGGAAAUUGCCCUCCACUCCCCCCCACAAACCGGGCCCUGGGCUUUUAAUUGAUGCUUUGGUCCCCCUGUGAUGAGAGCCAUCGAUUGGCCACACAGCCGCGGCUCUCCUGGAGUUCAAACGUCUCCCUGACAAACACAGAUUCUGAUCAACCGCCAGGAAAAAGGCCACCGAGUGGUUGCAGGGUGGCGGGUGCAGCGCUGGGGGGGCUCAUUUACCAGAUAAAAAGAGGAACUAUUUAUUAAGACAGCAGAGCGGUUCUUUUUUUUGUGUGUGUUUAUUUUUUACUUGCUUUCAGCGCCGAGGACGACGUGGUCCCGCCUCGCACACGCUCCUCAGUGUGUGAGAUCUUUGAAAAACUAUAUGUACAUGUGUGGAUGUUAGGAUUCGACUUGGGUUUUUUUUAGUUGUUGUUUUGUUUUUGUUUUUUUUGUUUUUCUCUCUGAUGAAGCUUUCAAUAAAAAAAUCUGGAAAAAUC